AUGGCCAUCUUCAAGGAGACGAAGCGAAACCGCGCCGACGCUCCCGAUCGAUCCGAGCCGCCGGAUCUCGAGAACGCGCAAGAUCAUGAGCUGGGGCACUCCGUGCAACCACCGGUGAGGAAGAAGCCGAGGAGAGACCCCCCAGCUGAUGCCGUCAGCACCGCUGCGGCUUCUCCGAUCAUCCCCGCCAAGAAACGCAGCCCGCGGCCCAACAAUCGUCCUGCAGGCAGCGGCGGUGCGCCAAAGCCGUCGCGGUGCGUCGGAAUUCUGUCGGCGCUGCUGCGGGAGGGGGUGAGCCAGCCGACGUGGAUACUGCAGAAGGAGCUGUCGGGGUCGGACGUCAGCAGCCAGCAGAGCCGCCUGCUGCUGACCCACAAACAGGUGACGGCCACGACGUCGCUGCGGGACCUGGUCACGUCUGACGAGGCCGCGCUCGUCGUCGACCGCGAGCGCGGCCUCCCCGUGAGGGUGUUCGACCGACUGGGGCGGGAGCACGCCAUGACGUUCAAAUUCCUCGACUCCAAUGGCGACUUCCGCCUCAUCGGCAGCUGGGGCCGCUUCGUGAAACGCAACGGGUUGCGCGCGGGCGACCGCGUCGACAUCUGGGCGUUCCGGUGCUGCGGCGGCCUCGGCAUGGCCCUGUUGAGCCGCAAGAAGGGUGACGAAGUACGCGAAGACCACGAUGACGAUAAGUUUGAUGCCGAUGAACUGCUGGCCGCGGAAGCAUUGCUGUUGCUGCGAGAUUCGUGA